AGUGCCACCUCGGGCCGGCGGCUCGGCGCGGCUCCUCCAGCUGGGCAGGAGGCGGCUGAACGGGGCGGAGGUUGGGGGGAAGGCACCGUAGCCGUCGAAUUCCGUUCAUCUUCAGCAUCUCCAUGGGGUCUACCCACUCAGUCCAUGCCCUUUAAGAGAACUUUCAGUGCAACGGCUGCACCGAAGGCACAAUCAUAGCCUUAUAUUUAACAGGACUUUGUCUUCCUGGAGAACCACCUUCGGUGCAAAGCUGGAAAUAGCUUGUCUUUAAAUUCCAUCUCUUGGUUUUCUAUUUUGUUGCACUUUAGAGGAACACCAAGAAACCAUGAACAGCUUUAGCAAUGAUGAAUUUGACUUCAACUUCCUUGAUGAAGGCUUUACUGCUAAGGAUAUUCUGGACCAGAAAAUUAAUGAAGUUUCUUCUUCUGAUGAUAAAGAUGCCUUCUAUGUUGCCGACCUUGGUGACGUCUUAAAGAAGCAUCUGAGAUGGUACAAAGCUCUUCCUCGAGUAACUCCUUUUUAUGCUGUUAAAUGUAAUGACAGCAAAGCUAUAGUGAAGACACUUGCUACUAUAGGAGCAGGAUUUGAUUGUGCUAGCAAGACUGAAAUACAGUUAGUACAGAGUCUUGGGGUACCUCCAGAGAGGAUAAUCUAUGCAAAUCCAUGCAAACAAGUGUCACAAAUUAAGUAUGCUGCCAACAAUGGAGUACAAAUGAUGACUUUUGAUAGUGAAGUAGAGCUAAUGAAAGUUGCCAGAGCUCAUCCAAAGGCAAAGCUGGUUUUAAGGAUCGCCACUGAUGAUUCCAAAGCUGUCUGUCGUCUAAGUGUUAAAUUUGGUGCCACUCUCAAAACUAGUAGGCUACUCCUUGAACGGGCAAAGGAACUGAAUAUUGAUGUUAUUGGAGUCAGUUUCCAUGUGGGAAGUGGUUGUACUGAUCCAGAAACCUUCGUCCAAGCAGUUUCUGAUGCCCGCUGUGUCUUUGACAUGGGGGUGGAGUUUGGUUUCAACAUGUAUCUUCUUGAUAUCGGUGGUGGCUUUCCUGGUUCUGAAGAUGUAAAGCUUAAGUUUGAAGAGAUCACAAGUGUAAUCAAUCCAGCAUUGGACAAGUAUUUUCCUUCUGACUCUGGAGUGAAAAUCAUAGCUGAACCAGGCAGAUACUACGUUGCCUCAGCUUUCACUCUUGCAGUUAACAUCAUUGCCAAAAAACUUGUGUUAAAGGAACAGACAGGUUCUGAUGAUGAAGAUGAGGCAAAUGACCAAACCUUUAUGUACUAUGUAAAUGAUGGAGUGUAUGGCUCAUUUAAUUGCAUCCUGUUUGAUCAUGCACAUGUUAAACCUAUUCUACAAAAGAGACCCAAACCAGAUGAGAAGUAUUACUCUUCUAGCAUAUGGGGACCAACCUGUGAUGGCCUUGAUCGAAUUGUCGACCGCUGUGAUUUACCAGAAAUGCAUGUGGGAGAUUGGAUGCUGUUUGAAAACAUGGGUGCUUAUACUGUUGCUGCUGCUUCUACUUUCAAUGGAUUCCAGAGACCCACUAUCUAUUAUGUGAUGUCUGGGCCAGCAUGGCAAUGCAUGCAACAACUCAAGAACCAAGGUUUUCCAGCAGAAGUAGAGGAUCAGGAUAUCAACACUUUGCCAUUGUCUUGUGCUUGGGAAAGUGGAAUGGAACAUCACUCAACAACUUGUACUUCAGCUAGUAUUAAUGUAUAGGUGCUGUUUGUAGCCAUUAAUUGCAAGUUUAGCUUGAAUUAGAGCAUUUGGGGGGACCAUUAACUUAAUUCCUGCUAGAGUUUUUAAGUAUGUUUUAAGAAUAGGGUUUGGCACAAAUGCAGCAAUGUGGAAGACUAAGAGAUGGGGUCACACUUAUCUGUGUUCCUAUGGAAACUAUUUGAAUAUUUGUUUUAUAUGGAUUUUUAUUCACUUUUCAAAUAUGCUUCUAAAGAUUGCCCCUCAGCUGCUAAGCAAGCAUUUGUAGCUUGUACAGUGGCAGAA